GCGUAGGACAGUUACGCAUGUUUCCCUGGAGUCUGUCAGUUGGUUUUUAUUAUUAAAAUGUUGCUUUUGAUUUUGUUUAUGAGUAUUUUUGUUUCUAGUGUCUUUUCUAUGGGACUACCUUCCUACAUUUCUUCAUGUUCAAGAAAUGAUCCAAACCUAAAUGAAUGUGCCUUAAAAUCAGCUCGAGAUUCUUUACACCAGUUUUCUCAAGGAGACCCAGAGAGAGGUCUUCCACCCUUAGACCCAUUGUAUGUGUCAGAGAUGACUGUGUACUUGCCAAAUAAACAAGGAUUCAAGGUCACAUUCAAAGACAAUUAUUUCACAGGGUUAUCGAAACUGCAUUUGGAAAAUUUGAAAUUUGAUUUAGAGAACAAAAUGAUACUUGCGGACGCUCUGGUCACCUUGGAUGUGAAGAACAAUUAUGACUUAAGCGGCAAAGUACUUUUAAUACCAGUGAAAUCAAAUGGAGACUCUGCCAUACAUUUGAAAAACACACUUUUACAUAUUCGUUUUUGGUACGAGCAUGUCGAAGGAGCUGAUGGUAAAAUUUAUUGGAAAAUAUACAAACACGAUAUUAAAUAUGAAGUGGAAAAAGCAUCAUUUAGACUGGAAAAUCUCUUAAAUGAUCCUACUUUAGGUGACCAAAUCAACAAGAUCCUGAAUGAAAUGUGGCGUAAAAUUGUCGCAGACGUAGGCCCAUCCAUCUGUCAAUCCCUUAGUACGGCUGUUGUGGAGAAUUUGUCUGUAUUGUUGGAACAAGUGCCGUAUGAUGAACUGUUGCCGGAGUGAAUAAGGUCUAUAUUUGAGUAAAUGUUUGUUUGUGAAUGAAAUAAACUGUAGGAAUGUGA